AUGAGCAGCAACGAGCUGCAGGGAGAGGUUAAUUAUUUAUUACCGGUAUGGCAUAGCGAUAACGCUCCGAUCAAUGAAUAUUACCGUUUGUUCUAUUCAAGUUCAAUGGCUACUGGUCUGAUGUGCACAUUGCAUCACAGUGCAUCAUUCGCCAACAACCCCGAGCUGAACGAUCACAUUGGCGGUCAGAUUAAACCGUCGCACUACGUGGAGCGUUUCGAUCCUCGGAAUCCUGAACUUUGCGAUAGCUUCAGCAACUACCGUGAGCUUACCAAGAAGGACAAGAAAAAACAGUACGAUGCAAGCAAGUAUAACGACUUUCACGAACUGCAGGCCGACUUCAAGGAACUACGGACCAAAGGCAAAAGGAAGGACGAUCCUAUGAUGCACAAAGGCAAUCGAAAGAAGAAAAAGAAAAAAUUUAACUUUGAGGGAGAAACCUUUAAAGAUCCGGAUCCAUACCAGUUGGCAGUCCGAAAGACGCAAUACGGGAAGCAGAAAAGUAAAUUUGUGUUCGAAGGUGAAACGUUCAAAGAUCCUGACCCUUUUGAGUUGGCCAUCAAAAAGGGCAGUUCGAGUCGAGUUCAGAACGACAAGGACAUCAGGCAGGAGUUUAUGAAGCAACUCCACCAUGCUCACCCCGGUCUGGUACACGGGAAUUCAGAUAUCAGUAAAGAGAUGUACAUUGGAAACUUGGAUGGCGACGAUGAUGACGGUUAUGACGAUGAUGAGGCACCAUGCCUGAAUCGGUCUGCCUUGGCACAGUUUCUAGCGGUUGGCGUUAAAAACGUCCUGCUGCUCGGGUACGGGAUGACCCUCGGUUUUCCAACCAUUGUGAUUCCAGCAAUCCAAGGCGGUGAUGGACGAGUACCGAGCUACGAAAAGGAUUUCGUUUUGAGUAGGGAUCAAAUUUCCUGGCUCAGUUCGAUCAAUUUGAUUUGCGUUCCGCUGGGUUGUGUAUUUUCCGGAAUGCUAACCCAACCGAUCGGUCGACGGCGUGCGAUGCAGAUCGUCAACAUACCGAUGCUGAUUGCGUGGCUGCUGUUUCACUUUGCGGACGAUGUACACUUUCUGUACUGUGGCCUCGCGCUGGCCGGUUUCAGCGGGGGUCUUAGCGAAGCGCCGGUUUUGACCUAUGUGUCGGAAAUUACUCAGCCUCGAUAUCGUGGAAUGCUGGCGGCAACCGGAUCAACCUGCGUCAUCAUCGGUGUUCUGAUUCAGUUCCUGAUGGGUAGUUUUCUGCGAUGGCGUACGGUGGCUUUGUGGAGCGCUUGCGUUCCUAUUAUUUCGUUUCUGCUGCUGUUUUUCGUUCCCGAAAGCCCAGUUUGGUUGGCUGGAAAAGGCAGAUACAAACACGCUCAGCGAGCUCUAGCGUGGUUACGCGGCUGGGUUUCCGAGGAAGAAGUCGAAACUGAAUUUUCCGAAAUACGGAAACAUAUGCAGGAAAGCAUCGAACAUAACAAAGACUACACACUAGCACAGAAGAUAAAAAAGUACGGGUCUCGUUCGUUCAUACAACCGUUUUGCGUCAUCAGCUUAUGUUUCUUUAUUGGACAUUUUUCCGGCAUGACCACACUUCAAACUUAUGCUGUUCAGAUCUUCCAUACCCUGAAAGCACCAAUCGAUAAGUACUACGCCACAAUUUUGCUAGGAGUUUCGGAACUACUGGGAACUCUGUUUUGUGUGUGCCUCGUACAUUUUAGUGGUAAACGACCGCUGGUUUUCGUAUCAACAGUCGGAUGUGCAAUCUGUUUUUUCUCCGUCGCAUUCUACGCCUACUUUCUAAGUUCAAUACCUGGAUCCACGGUAAACAACAUUGUAGCCAAUGUAUCGGCUAUUAGAACCGACAUUCGUGUCAUUCCACUCAAUCAUACCACGGUGAUCACGGUCAUUCCGGAAACAAACGACACCAUCAUCGAUGCUCUAAACGAAACUAUGAACACAUUGCUCAACAAAUCAUCAGAUGCUGUGUAUGAUCACCAAAGUUUCACACCGUAUUAUUUGAACGGAUCAUACGAUGAUGCUUUGAAUAGCAGCAUUCAUUAUGGGGAGUAUGUUAAAUCAGCGAUUCCCUCGGAUGUUCUAGUAAAAAUACCCAAUACCAACGAGAAUAAGUUUCUGUGGAUACCGUUGACCCUGUUGCUAGCGAGUGCUUUCCUAACGCACAUGGGAAUUCGAUUAAUUCCGUGGAUGUUGAUCGGCGAAUUGUUCGCCCCAGCGAUACGAAGCGGAGCUUCAGGCAUUGCUGGUGGAACUGGUUAUAUUUUCGGCUUUCUAGCAAACAAACUUUUCCUCUGGAUGCUGUCCACCUUUUCACUGCCAGGUACAUUCUGUAUAUAUUCUGCCAUAGCUAUCGUAGGUGCCAUAAUACUGUACCGUGUUCUGCCGGAGACGGAAGGAAAAAGUCUGGUAGAAAUCGAAACAUACUUCAUGUCUAAACGUAAGAGAAGCAUUCAUUUCGAACUCGAAUGCGGACCUCCCCUUCCGAAACCUAGAGGGACGGCCACUGCUUUUGCUCCUCCGCCUCCGCUGCCACCUCGAUCCCAUCCAUUGAAGGACGAUCUGGGUCGUAUACGAAAAAUAUCACAGCAAUUUGGAGCACAAUCAAGAAAAAAUUCCACCAGUUCAACACCACGCAAAAUCUCACAGGUUUCUAUCAGUGCAAGCGAGGCAUCAAGAAAAAUAUCCAUCGCCUCCUCGAAAGGUUCCCUGCAUUCCUACGAUCUAAGCUCCUCACACCCUAGUCAGAUUCCCGAUGAACACUACCGAAAAGUGUCCACUAGUCAACUACCUCCUCCACUUCCAACCAUCUCUGCUAGCCCAGAGCCAAACAGGAAGCUUCCCAUUCCACAGUCAAAUUCGGUCGCAAUCACCGAAAAACCCUCGAAACAAACAACGCCGAAAGUUCCCACUCUGGUGGUUACACCGCAAAAAGUUCCUAUAAAAUCCAAAUCGAAAAAAAGCCGAAAGCCAAGCUCAUCGUUGAAAAACUUCGACAUCAACAAUUGGGAUAGUAAUCGAAAAUUCGAAGAAUUUUUGAUGCGUCGACGGAAGGAACGCAACGACGACCCGGAUGAGCUGGCCGACAACGGCGAAGCGGAGGAGGGCCAUCCGCGGGCGACCACCGCCAGCCAGCACGAGUUGAACAGUUUCGAACAGUUGACGAACCACCACCAGCAGCAGCAGCACCGCGAUUCGCAGCUACUUUCGAUCGGAAUGCAACGGCACAGGCAAAACUCGGGAAGUUUGAAUGCUCUAACCUCCAUUGGGGGGUAUGAUAAUCGCGCUUACACUGCGGGCGGCAGUUCACACAGUUCCAACGAAACCCGGAUGUAG